AUGCUGUCGCGAUCUCCUGCUUUAAGGGCUACCCGGGCUAAGCCCAAGAAUAUCAUUAUUCCCGGAUAUGGCUCGCUACACGCUGGCUCGCGACGGCUCCGAUGCAGAGCGCCAACUCUCACGAAUCCCCAGUUCAGCACCAAAAGUACAGCAAAUGCAGCCGAUUCUCUCAAAUCAAUACGCCACUCCGGUCGCACUCCGAAUACCUACAAAUCAGGACACUUUGUGACGGGACAACGGUACUUCUCUUCAGCUAAAGAAGCAGACUCGAAAACGGAGCCCGAUGAUGCGCUCUACGCACUGAUUGAUAAAAUCAACACCACAGAGGCUGAAAUACUGGAAUUACUCGAUGAGCUCGACCUAACAGAUGAGUACUCUGGGUCAGGUUCUUCCACCCAAGAAGUUCUUGAUGAAGCCUCAAACAAAGCUGCCUACCACGUCGAGGAGCAGACAGCGGAAGAACGAGUUCACCAGGCUAGACAAGCCUUCGGCGACACCUUACCGGAUGGAUACCUGAACGAAGAGGAGACGCUUCUGUACAGUCGGUUGUAUGGUGAACCCAUAAAUCUCCCUGAACACGAGAGUGAAGUGGAGGGGAAACAAGACGAGGCGGAUCGGCUUUUCCGUGACGAUGGUGUAGGAGGAUGGGAAGAAGUUCCUUACGAUGCGACUGAGACACAAAAUGAUUGGCCAGUUGUCUACGAUAUGGAGGCGCCUCCGAUUGAGGAAACUGCGGCCAUGCAGCGAACUCGAGAAGUAGCGGAGCAACUGGGUGCCGAGAUAAUGCUAGAAACUUUGGAGGAACAAGAGGCCGAGGGCUCUUCGCCACGCCUUCACCCGUUAACAAGGCAGGGGAAAUUUGCGACAGACCCGUACACUGUAUUCCCACCGAAAGAUACUGUGACUGGCCCCAUUUCCGCCAUUCUUUCAGAGUUCUCCAAUAAACAUAUCGCAGAAGCAGCUCAUAAAGCAUUUGGGGGCAAGCUCCUUCCUCAGUCUACCAGGACUGCGCCUGCUCACGCUCAGGAGCCACAAGAGGCUAUCGGCUUAAGCGCAUCCCAGCGUUUCAUGUCGGAAAUGGAGGCCAAUGCCUACAUGGCUGUCCUCUAUCCCGGGAUGUAUGCAUCGACAUUGAGUGUGUUGACUGAGGUUCGGAAGCGCCUGGGCUCUGAUUGGCUACGCUCAUUGAUUUCGCAAGAGGGUGGGCCAAAUGUUCUUGACGCUGGAGCUGGUGGUGCAGCCAUUCUGGCAUGGAGAGAUGUUCUCCGAGCUGAGUACGAGCUCAUGGUUCCGGAUCAUCCCACGUCGGAUCCUUAUCCUCUGGGAAGAUCAACUGUUCUCACAGGAUCAGACCCUCUUCGUCUACGGGCUAGUUUAAUGCUCGAAAACACAACCUUCCUCCCUCGACUGCCUGACUAUAUUCACACGCGGGACAGCCCGACUGUUCAUGACAGUCGACCGCCAAAACGAAAACAGUUUGACCUCGUCAUUGCUCCUUACGCUCUAAUGAACUUUAGCGAAGAAUAUGAGCGGAAGGAAUACGUUGAGAAUCUGUGGCAGCUCCUAAAGCCGAACGGCGGUGUUCUGGUCCUAAUGGAAAAGGGACACCAGAAAGGGUUUGAAGCGAUUGCCGGAGCUCGCGAGAUGUUGCUAAAGCGCUAUAUUUCAAGCCCAGGCUCAACAGAGUAUGACGCACUCACCGAGUCAGCCGGCGACGACAGGAAGGUCCAGAAAGAACCCGGCAUGAUUGUCGCUCCUUGCACCAACCACGAGAGAUGCCCCAUGUAUCACACCGACGGCCACGCCAAGGGCCGAAAAGACUACUGCCAUUUCGAACAAAGGUACAUCCGUCCAACCUUUCACCAGCGCAUAAUCGGUGCCAAGGACCGUAAUCACGAGGAUCUGAAGUUCAGUUACGUUGUUGUUCAACGUGGCGUUGAUCUUCGCCAGACAGAGCAUAUUGUGCAAGGCUCCCAAGCCACAGACGCCGCAUUCGAGGGUUACGAACACCUAAACGAAGCAGGCGAAGUAGCUGAAGCUGAAGAGGUGGCGCGCACCGAAGUCGAAACACCUGAGCCUCUCUCCCCUGCCCCUGAGACAAAAUUCCAUGCCCUCUCCCUUCCGCGAGUCCUCUACCCACCCAUGAAACGACGAGGUCACGUCAUCUUCGACAUGUGCACGCCGGCCGGGAAAAUCGAACGCUGGACCGUUCCCCGGUCAUUCAGUCGCCGAGCCUUUAAGGAUGCUCGCAAAGCCAGGUGGGGAGACCUUUGGGCUCUCGGAGCAAAGACUAGGAUUCCCAGGAACUUGAAACUCGGCGAUAAGAGGGGCGAAGGGAAGAAGGAGCGGUUGGCGAGACGUGCCGCCGAAAGGAGUGAUUUCCAGGAAGGAGAAGGAAACUUGGACGAUUUGGAUGAGUAUGUUGAGGGUCGUCCCUCACAUUCACAUCUCGAUAUAGCUAAUCUGAUGCGGGAGAAAGGGGAGAAGAAGAUCCCUAGUUGGAAGAAACAUGCGGAAAAUAAGAGGCUGAGGCACGCGAGUAGGAAGAUCGCUCGGGAGAGUCUUUAGUGCCGGAUCAUGAUAUGCAUCUUUGGGAAACUCUGGGUUUGACGGAGUGGGAAUUGUGGGCGUCGUUGGCGCUAUCUAUCUAUUCGAGCUGUACAGCACGGUUUUGUGUUACAUUGUAAAAUAGGCGCAAGGCAAAAAACUGUAUAAUAGGCAUGAAAUCUCC